GAGAAUUGAAAAACUGAAAGUGAAAAACGAAAAAAGCCCUACUACAGUCGUCUUCCCCACCGUUCUCUCAUUUUGGCGAUGAAGAAAGCGCAAAAUCUCCGCAAAACCCCACUCACGUAUUCUUAGAUCGGGCAGGGUUCUGCAUAAGAUGGUUUCGAGUUUCAAGAGUUUGCCUGAGGAGGUCAUCCGGAAUGAUUCUCAAGAGGGAGACAACUUAGCAAGGUGUCAUUGAUCCUUUAGUUUUGAAUAAAUUAGAAUAGCAACAAUCAGAUGCAGUUCUAAAUUGUAUCGAAAACGUCAUGGAAGGAAAUAGAAGAAACUUCCUUAAUAAACGUUCUAAUCCACAAUUCAAGAGAACAGGAGGUUCUAGGAAAGGAAAACAACAUAAUUCUAUACGUGAAGAUUCUUAUGAGAACUUUCACCCAUCAGACACAGUUUAUCGUAUUCUUUGCCAAUCUAAAAAGAUUGGUAGUGUAAUUGGAAAAGGUGGUAACAUCGUAAAAUCCCUUAGAGAAGAAACUCAAGCAAAGAUCACAGUUUCUGACUCUGUUCCUGGGUCUGAUGAGAGGGUGAUAAUAAUUUUUAGUCCCUCUGACAAACAAGCGAAAAGACAGAGUGGCAAUAAUGGUGAGAAAUCCGAGGAAGGAUAUGAUGUAUUGGAGCCACAUUGUGCAGCCCAAGAUGCCCUCCUUAAAGUUCAUGACAGAAUUGUUGAGGAAGAUCUUGGUGGAGCAGAAAAAGGCAAUGGGGAUGAGACUGUGGUCAGUGCUCGUCUUCUGGUUUCAAACAAUAUGGUUGGAUGUAUUUUAGGAAGGAAAGGAGAUGUAAUCCAAAGAUUACGCAUUGAGACUGGUGCAAACAUACGUAUUUCAGGUAAACCUGCUAUUGCUAGGAAAGCUCUAUAUGAAAUAUCAACUCUUCUACAUCAGAAUCCACGGAAGGAUAAACCUCCCUCAACUUUUCCGACUCCAUAUGCUAAUCAGGGGUUUCACCCUCCUGGUCCCCCAAUAAAAAAUAUUCCUCCAGGAAAUUCGACUUGGUUGGAACGUACUAGCGAUGCCCACAGAAUGGAACCUAUGCCAUUCAGGGGAGGAUAUGGCGUCCAGCCAUCUGCUUUUGGACCUGAAGAUUAUGAUGGUGUUAGUCCUCCACAUGACAGGGAAGCACCGAGUGAGUUCACUGUAAAAAUACUCUGCUCUGCCGAAAAGAUUGGUGGUGUGAUAGGCAAGGGAGGCUCUAAUGUCAGGCAGUUAGAGCAGGAAACAGGAACUAGUAUCCAUGUCGAGAAUGUAUCGAAAGAGUCGGAUGAAAGAGUAAUCCGUGUUUCUUCGUUUGAGGCUCUUUGGGAUCAAAGGUCACAGACUAUCGACGCCAUUCUUCAUCUUCAAAAUAAAACUAGUGAAUAUUCUGAUAAGGGAACCAUUACAACUAGACUUCUUGUUCCAUCAAGUAAGGUUGGCUGCAUUCUUGGACAAGGAGGCCAUGUCAUCAAUGAUAUGAGGAGGAGAACGCACGCAGACAUACGCGUCUUUUCCAAGGAAGAGAAACCUAAAUGUGCAUUAGAAGACGAAGAGCUUGUGCAGAUAUCUGGAAGUUUUGGGGUUGCUAAAGAUGCCUUGGUAGAGAUUGCAUCUAGGCUUAGAACAAGAUGUCUUCGCGACGCCAAUUCUAGGGUGGAACCUGGCCCUGUUAGGCCUUUCCCAGGAUUUAACCCUGCAGGAAACUUACGCGGUGGUGGCCUCCCUCUGUCAAGUACUAUUGGAGCCGGAAGCUCGAGAAGAUAUGAACAUUUACAGGGCAGUGUUCGUGAAUACGAGCCUCCAAGUUUUCCUCUACCUCCACGCACUACGAGGUACUCGGAUGUCAACGAGGCCAAGAUUGGUUCUGUAUCAGCAACAGGAGGGAGCCGCAUCGCUGAGUUUGCUGGAACAAGGGUGAAUCUCCAGGAUCCAUAUUCAACUGGUUCUGAUUUUGGCAUGUCAGAGCAUUUUAGUUCUUCAAGAAAUUUGUAUCAGACACCUGCAUCGUCUACUGGACAUAAUAAUUAUCCGCAAUCAGGUGCCUACCAGAGCUAUAAUUCGCAGUAUGGCGCAUAUCCAAAUAAUAUUGCUUCUCCAGUUCCCUAUCAGAACUCUAAUCCCCGACCUGUUGCCUACCAAGAUGUUUAUACACAGCACGGUUCAUACCAGAGCAUAAGAGCACAUGGUUCUUACAAAUAUUGAUGCUCAAUUUGGGCAUUUGUACCAUGAUUUUACUGCACAUCGUAUGAUUUUAAUAGUUUCGACCUUCCAGCAUAGUGCAGAUAGUUUGCUGUAAUUUAUAUCUGUACUUCAGUUAUCUCUCCGCUCUCAUUCUGCAUGGCUGGGUGAGAUCAACCACCUUCAUAUCUUUUCUUUUCCCUUCCAUGUUUUCAAAUAUUAUUCUGUUUCAGAGGAGGUACUACAAGGAGGUGUUGAUGCUCCAUCAAAUCAUCUUUUACUUUUAGGUGGUAAUUUGAUUGUUAGUGUACAUUCCUUUGACAAACAUAACUUUUCAAUAGAAUCCUAACGAGAGUUACAUGGUAGGAAGUGUAUAUUGGAUUUUUACUAUGUUUUAACCCUGAAAAGUGGAGGUUG